CUAUAAAUGUCGAAUCAAGAUAAUAAUUCGUCGCCAAAAAUACAUGUUGAGACUCCGCCAGUGGAACCUUCUGCGCCGAGGGUGAACCACCAAACGCCAGCGACGGGCGACGGCGGAGUUGCCGGAAUCCUGCGGCGGUGGAAGAGGGAGGACUUGAUCAAGAGAGGGUCGUUGGGGUUGAGAGGGAUCGCUCUUCUUUUCUCUCUGAUUUCCUUCAUUGUCACGGCCAGUAACAAACAUGGCGAUUGGAGAGAGUUCGAUAAAUAUGAAGAGUACAGGUAUUUGUUGGCCAUUGCGAUUUUGUCUAGUUUGUACACUGGAGCCCAAGCUUUCCGUCAACUUCAGGAAUUUUCCACCGGAAAACAAUUGCUUCAGCCUAGAAUGGCAGCUAUGAUUGACUUCUUUGGUGAUCAGAUCAUUGCAUAUCUUUUGAUAUCAUCGGCAUCUGCGGCAAUUCCAAUGACGAAUAGAAUGAGGGAAGGAGCAGACAAUAUAUUUACAGAUUCUUCAGCUGCAGCCAUUAGCAUGUCCAUUUUUGCCUUCUUUUGUCUAGCAGUGUCAGCCCUUAUUUCAGGCUACAAACUAUCAACUCAACCUUAUAUCUGAACUUUCACAAAAACUCUCCAUAUUAUUGUUUCAUACUAUCGUACUUCUCCACAAGUCACAUUGAACUGUAUAUUUUUUCUGAGAAAGGGAGUCAGGCAUCACCUCUCUGGCUCUGUGCAUAUGUUACAGAUCUGAUAUUGAUUUCAUACACGAAUACAUAUAAUGUUGAAUAUGUUCUU